AUGCCUUUCGGUGGUGCAACCGAGGCCUUGAAAUCAUUGUUGUAUAUAUACACACACAAACGGCCACGUUUCUGGACGACUAAAACAGUUUCCAGCGGAUUGAUCAAAAGGGGUGGUGGGAGGCGAGCGGAAUGGCAACCGUCGCUCCCCCGAUCCCGAUAUGGUACACAGGCGUUGUCUCCCUCUCCGCAAGGAGAGUUUUCUUCCUUUUAUUUUUGGAAUUCACAAUACUGUUAUUUCUUGCAAGGUGUUGGGGACUUGGGAAAGGCUGUUCACGCUUUCUGGGAAGACGAAAGGGUUCGUCCCGUAGACAUGUAUAUACAUGGGUUGGAUGGCAGGUUGGGUUCAAGACGCACAGCACGCGCUUGCGUUGGAUGGGUUCAGGAAUACGGAGAACAUGUGGCAAAUGUUCCACUGGGGUGUAUAGCACGAAACAAGUAA